GGUAGUUUUUAUAUGGAAAGAGCGAAAACAGCUUGUAAACUGAGACAUGUAGUGGAUGUUGUCCAACAAAACUUAGCCAGUUAUCGGAAAGACUUCAAAGAUGGAGCAAAAGGAUAUGUAUUACAACAAGGCGGAGUACAUAGAAACCGCAUCUGGAAACAAAGUAAGUCGUCAGUCAGUUUUGUGUGGAAGUCAAAACAUUGUUUUAAAUGGAAAGACAAUCAUUCAGUCUGACUGUAUUCUCCGUGGAGAUCUAGCAAAUGUCAGAAUUGGACGGCAGUGCGUCAUAAGCAAGAGAAGCGUUAUAAGACCACCAUUCAAGAAAUUCAGCAAAGGGGUUGCAUUU